GAAAUUUGUUUACUCAAUGGUACUAUUCUCUUGUAAAAUCGACGAAAUGACAAUGUUUUACACGUGAUAUUAGAAAUUAAGUAGUAAUCAUGGUACGAAAACUUAAAUAUCACGAGCAGAAAUUGCUUAAGAAAGUUGACUUCAUAUCAUGGGAAGCCGACAAUAAUUUACACGAAGUAAAAAUUUUAAGACGAUUUCGAAUACAAAAAAGAGAAGAUUAUACAAAGUACAACAAGUUGGCACGUGAAAUUCGUGAAUUAGGUAAAAAAAUUAAAGAACUUGAUGCAGAUCAUCCAUUUAGAAUAGAACAAAGUGCAUUAUUAUUAGAAAAAUUGUAUAUGAUGGGACUUAUACCAACAAAAUGGGAUUUAUCAUUGACACAAAAGGUUAAUGCAAGUUCAUUUUGUCGAAGACGAUUGCCAGUUGUUAUGGUACGAAAUAAGAUGAGCCAAAAUAUUAAAAUGGCAACAACGUUUGUGGAGCAAGGUCAUGUUAGAGUUGGAGCUGAAGUUAUAAAAGAUCCUGCAUUUUUAGUAACAAGAAAUUUGGAAGACUUUGUUACAUGGGUAAAUGCAUCUGCUAUUAAGAAACAUAUAUUGGAAUAUAAUGAUGCUAGAGAUGAUUUUGAUAUGGCUUAACUGAAAAUGGAUAUUAAAAUAUUUUUAUUGAUAAAUUUUAAUUAAAUCAAAAGUUAGCCUAAGUUUAUUGUAAUAAAUUAUUGUUACCUUUUAUUACCUCAUAUUAAUUAUGUGAAUAAUAGAACCUAGACAUGGUAUCUUUGGAUUUUUUUAAACUGGUUGUUUUUUUAUGAAUUUCUUCAAGUAUAAUUUUGCGCAU